CCUAGACCGCAAACCGGCAUCAGUAACGAAACGACCCAGCCAUCGGCUAGUAGUCUUCGAGGUUGGAUAGCAGCACUAGCAACGCAACACAUCUCAUCUCUCUCCACCGCGCAGUAUGGACUUCGUAUUCAAGGCCUUCUUUCUCCAGUUCCUCGUACUGGGCCUGCUACUGCAAGUGGUACGACCGCAGACGGGCGGAACGGACUGCCGCGGCAAGGACUACCUGUGUCUGGACGAUGUCCGAUUUCAACUGUGUGUCGACUACGGGGACGGCCGACCGGUGACGGUGAACGAUGAGGUACAGCAGUGCCCAUCCGGCACCUUCUGUAGCAACGGUGGCCACUACGAGUGUGACUCGUUCGUACCACCGGCAACGACGGCCGCCCCGCAGGUCGGUGACGUGACCGAAACUGAGCCAGAAGCGGAAGAAGUGACGACGAGCGUGCCGGUAGAGGUCGAGGAAGCCACUUUGCCACCGGUUGAGGAGGCCGCACCGGAGGCAGAAGUCCCCGAACCGGAGGAACCGGCACAGGAACAGGCGACAACAGAAGCCCAAGAACCGGUGGUGCCUACGACCGAGGCCGAGGUUGCCACUGAAACUACGGUUGCCGUCGAGGAGGAGGAAGAAGAAGAAGGUCUUGUUACCGAAGCGGCCACGGAACCAACGGUUGAGGAGGAAACCGCAACGACCGGAGUGCCCGUUCCCGAAGAAGUCGAAACGGAGGCUGCCACCGAGGAAGUGGCGGCUCCAUCGACGGAAUCGAGCAAUCCCGUGGAACCGGAAGUCACAGAAGGCGCUACGGAACCGGAGCAAGAGACGGAAGCCCCCCAGGAACAAGAACAAGACACGACGGUUGCUGUAGAGGCCACUACCACGGCAGCCCCGGAGGUUGGUACGACCGAACAGGAGGGGCAGACGGAAGCGGCAACCGAAGAGGCAGCAGAAACCGAAUCCUCCGUAGCCACCGAUGCUCCUGUCGAGGAGGAGGAGGAGGAGGAGGUAGAAGAAGUAGAAGAGCCAGUUGUAACCGAUACGCCAGCAACAACGGAGAACGUCGAGACCGAGGCCCCAGUCGAACCAUCAACGACGAGUGCAGCCGUGACGGAGGAAGAAGCGUCCGAAGCGGCAUCACAACCAACGACUGACCUGCCUGAGGAAGCUCCCGAGGAAGUGACGGCAUCAGAAGCACCAGAUACGACUCCGGCCGUCGUCACCGAGGAGCCCAGCGCCAGUGAGUCCGGAUCGGAUGAAGGUGAAUCUUCUGGAGCUCCGCAAGAAUCCACCGAACAACCAUCGGCAGAGUCCGGUUCCAAUGAAGCCGCCACGACGACGACGACGACGGUGGCCCCAUCCGGUGACACUCCAUUCCUCUGCACCACGGCUGGCCGAUUCCCACAUCCGACCGAUUGCCACAAGUACUACAUCUGCUUCUGGCUCCCGUUCGGACUGUACAACCUGGAGCAGAACUGUUUGGCCGGAUUCGCUUACAAUCCAACGCUGGAACGCUGUACGGCCGAUCAGAGCGUUUGCUUCCCGGGACAGUUCACCUGUACGGCACCUGGCCGCUUCCCCGAUCCCGCAGAUCCGACCAAGUAUUUCUGGUGCGUGUGGAACGCGUUCGGUGGCUACCUCCAGUAUGGUCUCCAGUGUCCGCUUGGCCAAGUAUUCAACCAGUUCCGUGGACGUUGUGCGUUUGUUGUCGCCGGUCGUUCGCUCGAUGCCGAGGAGCCACUGCUGACUGAGGAGGAAUCGGGUGGAACGGAGGAGGAUGCAGUAGUGCCACCGGUGGCUCCUGUUGAGCCAGUCGCACCGCAGGAAGCACUUCCCACCAAGCUGAAGGUAAAGUUCGAGUGCCUGGAAGAGGGUACGUUCGCCGAUCCCAACAACUGUGCCCGGUACUUCGUCUGUACGCUCAAGAAGCUGGACAAGUACAAGAAGAGCAAGUUCAAGUGCGUCACUGGCGAACGGUUCGAUGCACUGGUUGGUACCUGCGUGCCCGAUCUGGAUGCCCUGUGCGAAUAGGAGAACCCAGCCCAGCUCACGGUUUGAUGCACCCAAUAAACUAUGUAUGCGUUAUUUAUUACUGAUGCAAUUUAGAAUACCAUGAA